AUGGAAGAUAAUAUUGAAAAUGAAGAAAAGAAAUUUGAUAAUAAUAAAAUUGUAAAAUUAAUAAUAAUUGGGUGUGGUCAAAGAGGAUAUGUUUAUAGUAGAUAUUCAAUUGAAAGACCAAAUAGAUUAAAGAUUGUUGCAGUAUGUGAUCCAAUUAAAUUUAGAAGAGAUACACUUGGUAAUGAAUUUGGAUUAUCAAGUGAUAUGAUAUUUGAAAAUUGGAAAGACAUAAUAUCAAUGGAUAAAUUCGCAGAUGCAGUGUUAAUAGCAACACCCGACCAAUUACAUUGUGAGCCUGCAAUUGCAUUUGCUAAUAAAAAGUAUCAUUUAUUAGUAGAGAAACCAUUAGCUAUCACUGAAAAAGAUUGUGAGAGAAUUACAUCAGCUUGCAAAGCCAACAAUGUCAUGUUAUCUGUUUGCCACGUAUUGAGAUACUCACCGGUUAAUAUUAAAAUCAAGCAAUUGAUAGACAGUGGAUUGAUAGGGGAGGUGCUAAACAUCCAGCAUUUGGAGCCUGUGGGGUACUACCACCACGCCCAUUCCUAUGUCAGAGGCAAUUGGAGAAAACUCUCAACCUCGACAUUCAUGCUAUUGGCAAAGUCGUGUCAUGAUCUUGACUUGAUUCAUUAUUUUAUGGGCGGAAAAAAGUGCAAGAAAGUAUCGUCAUUUGGUAGCUUGACAUACUUUAAAAAGGAGAAAAAACCUACCAAUGCUGGUAGUGCAAAGAGAUGUGUAGAAUGCGCAAUUAGCAAAACGUGUCCAUACAGUGCUCAAAAGAUUUAUUUAGAGCAUUAUCCUUGGAAAAGGGAUGUACUAGUACCAGAUAGAGAGCCAACAAAAGAGAAUGUUAAAUUGGCAAUUGAAAACGGUCCCUAUGGUAGAUGUGUCUAUGAGAGUGAUAAUGACGUAGUCGAUCAGCAAGUUGUGAAUUUAGAAUUUGAAGGUGGUGCUCUCUCCUCUUUUAGUAUGGUUGCAUUCACAGAGAGUAUGUGUGUACGUAAAAUUAGAAUCUUUGGUUCAAUGGGUCAAUUAGAAUGUAACAAUGGUUAUGACAUCGUCUAUGAUGACUUUAGAUUUGGUGAUAAAGAAAUCUUUAAACCACAAAUAAUUCAAAAUACAAAAAUGUCAAAUCAUGGUGCUUCAGAUUAUUACCUCAUGAGAUCAUUUAUUUAUGCAGUCUCUGAAAAUGAUCCAACUCAAAUUUUAUCUGGUCCUGAUGAUACUCUUGCUUCUCAUAAAUUAGUAUUUGAAUCUGAAAAAUCAAGAUUAAAAAAUAGUGUUUUAACUUUUUAA